AUGUCGACAUCGUGUCCUAAGAUUCCUACACCUCAUGUUGACUCGAUAACAGAAUGGAUUUAUUCCAGUAAGACUGAACAUGUUAAUGAAGUUCGUUUAUAUAAAACAAAAUUUUGGAAUAUUUUAUUAACGAAAUCACCACCAUUUUUACCAUUAUUAUUUUGGCCUUUGAUUAUUUAUUAUUUAAUAAUAUCAUUGACAUUCAUACGAUUUUAUUGGAUUCUAAUUGGUUUUAUUCUUUGGUUUCCAAUUGAAUAUUUAUUUCAUCGUUUUCUAUUUCAUUUACCAGUUAUUGGUUAUCAUUCACAAAAAUUUCAUUUUUUUCUACAUGGUAUUCAUCAUGUUGCUCCAAAUGAUUUAUGGCAUGUAUUUUCACCUAUUCAUGAAUUAGGUAUUCAAGCACUUAUUGUUUGGAUUAUCUUUAAAAUUUUUCAAUUACCAGAUCCAAAUGCUCUAAUAAGUGGAUUAUUAAUUAAUUAUAUUCGAUAUGAUUCAAUUCAUUAUCUUAUUCAUGCUUAUAGUCCAGCAAAAAUUUCAAAACUACCACUGAUAGGAAAUUAUCUUAGAAAAUGUUCUAUUCAUCAUCGUCAACAUCAUUUUUCAAAUCCACGAAAACAUUUUACAAUUAGUUUUAUUUCAUCAUUCUUAGAUUAA